CCUACACAGGAAGUGCCGCCCUGUCCGCCAUCCUUCUCUCUCGCCCCCGGGAGCAGGACAGAUCCUCUGGUCUCAAACAUGCUGUCAGUUCGGCUCGCAGCGGCUCUUGUCCGCAACCUACCACGCAGAGCUGGAUUUGUGUCUAAGAAUGCUGCUGCAGCAUGUGUCGCAGCCAAGAAUCUGCACACCGCUCAGCCACGGCUCCAGAAAACAGGCACGGCUGAAGUGUCAUCCAUUCUGGAGGAGAAGAUCUUGGGAGCCGACACCAGCGCUGAUUUAGAGGAGACCGGCCGCGUGCUGUCCAUCGGUGAUGGGAUUGCCAGAGUGUACGGCCUUAGGAACGUGCAGGCUGAGGAGAUGGUGGAGUUCUCCUCCGGUCUGAAGGGCAUGUCCCUGAACUUGGAGCCUGACAACGUUGGCGUUGUGGUGUUUGGUAACGACAAGCUGAUCAAAGAGGGCGACAUCGUCAAAAGAACCGGUGCCAUCGUCGACGUGCCUGUUGGGGAAGAGCUCCUAGGCCGAGUCGUUGAUGCUCUGGGAAAUGCGAUAGACGGAAAGGGGCCUCUUGGCUCCAAGAUCCGCAGGCGUGUGGGUCUGAAGGCCCCAGGUAUCAUCCCCCGUAUCUCUGUGAGGGAGCCCAUGCAGACUGGCAUCAAAGCCGUGGACAGUUUGGUCCCCAUCGGCCGUGGCCAGCGUGAGCUCAUCAUCGGAGACAGGCAGACGGGCAAAACCGCCAUCGCCAUCGACACGAUCAUCAACCAGAAGCGCUUCAACGACGGAACCGACGAGAAGAAAAAGCUGUAUUGCAUCUACGUUGCUAUCGGCCAGAAGAGAUCCACCGUGGCUCAGCUGGUGAAGAGGCUAACGGACGCUGAUGCCAUGAAAUACACCAUCGUGGUCUCUGCCACCGCCUCGGACGCUGCCCCCCUGCAGUACCUGGCUCCCUACUCCGGCUGCUCCAUGGGGGAGUACUUCAGAGACAACGGCAAGCAUGCCCUGAUCAUCUACGACGAUCUCUCCAAGCAGGCUGUCGCCUACCGUCAGAUGUCCCUGCUCCUCCGCCGCCCCCCCGGCCGCGAGGCAUACCCCGGAGAUGUCUUCUACUUGCAUUCCCGUCUGCUGGAGAGAGCUGCCAAGAUGAACGACAACUUCGGCGGCGGCUCCCUCACCGCGCUUCCUGUUAUCGAGACGCAGGCUGGAGACGUGUCGGCCUACAUUCCAACCAACGUCAUCUCCAUCACAGAUGGACAGAUCUUCUUAGAGACCGAGCUGUUCUACAAAGGCAUCCGUCCGGCCAUCAACGUCGGUCUGUCGGUGUCGCGCGUCGGCUCUGCUGCCCAGACCAGGGCCAUGAAGCAGGUGGCCGGUACCAUGAAGCUCGAGCUGGCCCAGUACCGCGAGGUGGCCGCCUUCGCUCAGUUCGGCUCCGAUCUGGACGCCGCCACGCAGCAGCUGCUGAACCGCGGCGUUCGUCUGACCGAACUCCUGAAACAGGGCCAGUACUCCCCAAUGGCCAUUGAAGAACAGGUAGCGGUCAUUUAUGCUGGUGUGAGAGGACACCUGGACAAGAUGGAACCGAGCAAGAUCACCAAGUUUGAAAAGGCGUUCCUGCAGCACAUAUUGAGCCAGCAACAAGACCUGCUGGCUGCCAUCAGGGCCGAUGGGAAAAUAUCUGAAGCUUCUGAUGCUAAACUCAAGCAGAUCGUCUUGAAUUUCCUCUCCAGCUUCGAGUAAAGCGACGCUUAUUUGGUUUAGCUGCAGUAAUACUAUCAAUUAACUUGAUGUUCCAUUUCAAGCCACUUGAUUUUCAAUGUAUAGAUAUCAACUAAAGCAGAAUAAAGUGUUCCAACUAAGUGA